AUGCGUGUGAAUAUCCUUGCGGCUAAUAUACACAAACCCAGCUUGGACAUUACUGGGAGUGGCAUUUUUACACCCAAUGGCCCGCAGGCAUAUUACUUUGAUAUGGAAAGCCAGGAUGGCAAACUCUUACUUGCAGAAAUUGAAGCACGUCCCCGUCUUUCUCCCACCUACCCUCCCCCUUUCAACUGGAGCUUGUAUGCGUCAGGGCUUCAACAUUUCUCACCACAGAGCCCAGUAUUUCACAACAGUAUCUAUUUUGAUAAUUUCACCUUUACGGAACUAUCACAAGAAGCAGGAAACUAUACGGUCUGCCAGAAAAACCUCUGCUGCUAUUUGAACUACAGUAUGGCAGAGAAGCAAAAGGAUGAAGUUUAUGCUUUGGGUGUUUUUGAUGGGCUUCAUGUGAUUGAAGGAGAAUAUUAUUUGCAGAUCUGCACACUUCUGAAGUGUAAUGGCACAAACCUGAAAUCGUGCGGCCAGCGAGUUGAUACUGCUGCUACCAGGUUCAAUUUCUUUUCCCUCAGUGGCUCAUUUAACACUAAUUAUGUGUUUCCUGAAGUGCUGCUCAGUGGGACCCAACUGGCUCCUGGAGAAUUUAAGGUUUUGCCCGAUGGACAGAUGAUUAGUGAGAAAGGCCUGUCAAAGCCACUUCUAGUGGCAGCUCUUUUUGGAAGAUGGUAUGAAAAAGACUCUCCACACCCCACCUCCAGUACACCAUGAACUAGGCCUUCAUGAUUUGCUUUCCUUUUACAUGGGCAAUAUUUUGUGUUUGGCUUAGAAAUUAUGUCUAUUUUCUAACAUUUCUGGUAGUAAAGAGAAAAGCCAAAGUGAAAAAUGAUCAAUAUUCCAUCAUGCACAGGAUCCAAAUGAAUGCUUCAAGUGAUGCAAUCAACUUUCUUCAUCCAUGAAAAUGUAUGGGAAUCCAGAUGCUAUUCCUUUCUCUAAAUGAGACAGGGUAUUUUUCAUAACAACUUCCAUUUUUUCACUUUCCACCACGAAGCUGUUGAGGAGGAAAAGAA